AUGAGAUCAGGAGAGAUGAAUAAGGAAGUGAUUAAGAAGGUGAUUACGCUCUUAACGAUGGUGAUUUUGGUGGGGACUACGGUGAUUUGGAUCAUGAUGCCAACUUCUACUUACAAGAAAACCUGGUUAACACCCAUGCGUGCCAAGCUCGGCCAAUCGGUUUAUUUUGGGAAACCAGGAGUGAACCUUUUGGUUUACAUGUUCCCAAUGAUUCUACUGGCUUUCCUGGGUUGUAUUUACCUUCACUUGAAGAAACAAUCGAGUUUUGACCAACUGAACAGUGGAGUGGAGGAGAGGAAGAAGAGAGACAAGUUUGGAGCAUUAAGAAGACCAAUGUUAGUUAAAGGACCAUUAGGAAUAGUGACAGUGACUGAGGUUAUGCUUUUGACGAUGUUCAUGGCUCUUCUUCUUUGGAGCUUAACCAAUUACUUCUACCAUACUUUUGUCACCAUCACUCCUCAAUCACCAGCAAUCAAUGGAGAUAAUUUAUGGGAAGCAAGGCUUGAUUCGAUAGCAGUACGGUUGGGUCUAACCGGGAACAUAUGCUUGGCGUUCUUGUUCUAUCCGGUGGCGCGUUGCUCGUCGUUGCUGGCUGCGAUUGGGCUUACGUCAGAGUCAAGCAUCAAGUACCAUAUAUGGCUCGGUCACUUGGUCAUGGCUUUAUUCACCAGCCACGGUCUUUGUUACGUUAUCUACUGGAUUUCCACUAAUCAAAUUUCUCAGAUGUUGAAGUGGGAUAGGACCGGUAUCUCGAAUUUAGCCGGAGAGAUAUCUCUGGUGGCUGGACUUGUGAUGUGGGCCACCACAUAUCCGGCGAUAAGGAGGAGAUUCUUUGAAGUCUUCUUCUAUACUCAUUAUCUCUACAUGGUCUUUAUGCUUUUCUUUGUCUUCCACGUUGGCAUCUCUUACUCGUUGAUCUCUUUACCCGGUUUCUACAUCUUCCUCGUCGAUCGUUUCUUGAGAUUUCUCCAGUCGCGCAACAAUGUCAAGUUAAUCUCAGCUCGUGUUCUUCCUUGUGACACCGUAGAGCUCAAUUUCUCCAAAAACCCUAUGCUGAUGUAUAGCCCGAAUAGUUUAAUGUUCGUGAGCAUACCGAGCAUUUCAAGGCUUCAAUGGCAUCCAUUUACGAUAACUUCGAGUAGUAAACUCGAACCAGAGAAGCUAAGUGUAAUGAUCAAGGGCCAAGGCAAAUGGUCCAAUACGCUCUACCAGAUGCUUUCUUCUUCUCGUCAGAUAGACCGCCUCGCUGUUUCCAUUGAAGGACCAUACGGCCCUAGUUCCACCGAUUUCUUACGACAUGAAUCUCUGGUAAUGGUGAGUGGAGGCAGUGGGAUUACACCGUUCAUCUCCAUAAUCCGCGACCUAAUCUACACAAGCUCAACGAACACUCGUAAAAUCCCCAAAAUGACCCUAAUUUGCGCGUUCAAGAACUGUUCUGAUCUCUCCAUACUCGACCUAAUCUUACCUAUCACCGGUCUCACCACCGAGAUCUCCUCGUCUUUAGAUAUCCAGAUCAAAGCCUUCGUCACCCGAGAGAAAGAACCAACAUGCAACAGGAACAUCAUCAAACCCCUCUGUUUCAAACCAUCAGUCACAGACCAACCCAUCUCACCAAUCCUCGGAGCCAACUCCUGGCUCUGUCUCGCCACCAUCCUCUCUUCUUCAUUCGUCAUCUUUAUUAUCAUCAUCGGAAUCAUCACAAGAUAUCGCAUUUACCCAAUGGAGCAAAUCUCGAAAAAGUACAACUCGGCUUAUAAAUCCCUCAUUUACCUUCUAUCAAUCUCCGUCAGCGUGGUGGCUACGUCUACGGUCGCUGUGUUUUGCGGCAAACAGAAGCAUUAUAAGAAAAACGACCGAAACGUCGACGUUUUGUCUCUGAUGAUGAACGAGAGCUCGCCACAACAGUUUCUAUCGCAAUCCACUUGCAUUCAUUACGGAGAAAGGCCUAAUCUUAAGAAGCUUCUAGUUGGUCUAAAGGGUUCGAGCGUGGGAGUUCUUGUGUGUGGUCCGAUGAGGAUGAGACGAGAGGUUGCAAAGAUUUGUUCCUUUGGUUCAGCUAAUAAUCUUCAGUAUGAAUCUAUCAGUUUCACAUGGUGA